UGGAGCUGGGGAGGGUUGGGCUGAGGUUUGAGAGGCCUAAAGCCAGACUAGAACUUAGCUAGAAUGGAUACCUACUUUAGAGCUGCAGUCUGUGACCUAGACAAACUACUGGAUGAGCUUGAACUGAAUACAGAUGAAUGUGACCUCUCCAGAGCUCCACAAAAUCCAUGUGAUUCAAAACACUGUUCUCUUCCUGUGGAUUUGGACUUCUUGCAAUGCAUGUACCCAACACAAAAACUACAGGAGGAUGCUAACGGUUGUACUGCAUCAGAAGAAAUCUCUCAAGCCAGCCACACCAGACCAAAUGAAGGGAUUCUGAAUUGCUCAUCACUAAAUGAGAGGAGUGUUUCUGGGCCUGAUAUUUUGACCAAUGUGAGCAGUGCUUCCACAGAAGGAAGUCAGGGUUCAGACCUGGGAAGUAGCUUACCUAUGUGUGAUCUAGUUCAUGACGUAAGUAACUUGAUCUGUUCAGAUGUUGCUAAUGUAGAUACUCAAAAAUUGCAGCCAGGUGACUCUCACUGUAGUGAAGACUGUUAGAGUGGCUUUGACAAAUAUUGCAUACCUCUCCCUGAUUUUGUAUUUUCAUUGGGUUGCGGAGUUGUUUCAUGUACAGAGCAGAAUGAUGGGAACUCAGUGCCACAUUCAGGACCUCCUAAAACAGAAGAGAGUAAUCAAUUAGCUUCCAAGUCAGAUGUUUUUGCUAAAGCAGAGGUUUCAGAUCUGUGUGAUUAUCACUUCACUUUAAAGAUACAGUCCUGUAUUGAAAUUUUUAAUCAUCUUGAACAAAUUGCUCACCCUAAUACUGCAUGUGUCUCUGAAACAUUACAGAAUUCAAAUGUGUGCGAUCCCAAAGAUGAGACAGCAUGUGAAAAAUUGCCUUCUGAGCCUCAAGAUGAAAGCGUGUGCUCUCCAGUGAGCAAAGAGAUACCUGGAAGAAGUGCUGCAGAAAGUGUAACCUCAGAAGAUCAGUGUAAAAUGGAACCCUUGCCUUCUGAUUUGCUACAUAGACAUCAGUUGGACGAAAACCAUGGCACAUUACCUGAAAGUCAUGCUUUAGAAGGCUCCAGCUGUCAAGCAGGCACUGAAGUAGAACUAGAAGAGAAAAUUAAGGAAGAGAAUGAAGGUAGUGAAGAAGUUGCUGGCACUGAAGUACUAAACAGUGCUUUAUGUGUAUCAGUCGAGGAUGUCCAGAUGUCCCUGCCACAUCUUCCACCACUUCCUGUAUCUCAGUGUGGUUCCUCAGUUGUAACAGAAGAAAAAGUUAAUUCUCUGCCUCAGAAUGAAAUAGCAGCAGAGGUGAUUAGUGACAGUUUAGCAACUGAUCUCUCUGAUUAUGAAUCCUGCAAAGACACUGACUUACAUGAACAGGAAGGAUAUUUAUCUAAAAUCAACCAAACCAUUGUAGAAAAAGUAGAUGGAGAGACAUUUAAUACUGAGAAUGUAACUGAUGAUAGUGAUUCUGAUCAAAUCAAAGCUAUUGCUUCUCCUUUUAUGGAAUAUGAAGCUGAGCCAUAUGGUGUUGAUAUAGACUGUUACUACAAUGAAAGUAUUAGCCAAACUGUGGAUGACUUUACUGUUGAGGAGAGCAAUACUCUUGUAAGUGACGCAGAGCUUGAUGAAUUCUUAUAUGGGCAAAGUCAUCUGUCCAGUUCUUUGAAUUCUUUAAGCAAUAGUAAUAACUUAAUGGCAGCUGACACAGAAGUGAAUUUGAGAGACGAGAACCUGCAUUUCACAAAGGUUACUGAGGAACAUGCUCAGACAAAACUGGAGGAUAUAACUAGCAUUAGUAGUAAUGUUGAAGUCUCCCUUAAUGCCCGUAAGUUGAAACCCCCAGCAGAGGACAGUGCGUUUCUUGUUCAAAAUGUGACUGAGCAUGAUAGUGAGGCACAAGUUUCAAAGCUUCCUACUGAAGGUGCAAGACCAAAGCUGUUGUGUGACAGUACACAAGGGCUGAAUCAAACGCAUGUGCUUGAGGGAGCAGUUACUCCAGAAGCUCCCUCCUCGAGGAACAGCAUUACUUGUGAUGAAAAUUCUGAGCCUGCUGGGGAAAGUGGCACUGAAGCAGGAAAAAAUCAGACAUUUCAAAGUGUAGAAUCGCCUAAAACACCUGCAGCUCUUCUGCAGAAACAACCAUUGUGGGUUCCUGAUUCAGAGGCACCCAACUGCAUGAACUGCCAAGUGAAGUUCACGUUUACAAAAAGACGACACCACUGUCGUGCGUGUGGAAAAGUUUUUUGUGGUGGUUGUUGCAAACGAAAGUGCAAACUACAGUACAUGGAGAAGGAAGCAAGAGUCUGUACUCGCUGCUACGAUGAUAUUAAUAAAGGAAGCCUGUAUACCAGCUGUCCCUUAAUUUCCUCACCAUUACCCACUUCAGCACUUAAGCAAUCUGAUAAUGAGGAGCUGUGCCCCAAAGAACAGAAGAGAGUUUGGUUUGCAGAUGGUAUUUUGCCAACUGGAGAAGUGGCGUAUACAACAAAGCUUUCCUCUGGAGCAAAGAAGUCAUCCCAGGACACAGUACACCCUGAUGUGCCAGAGCAGCAUAUGGCUACAAAUGCAGAGGAAGAUGACAUACCAACUGAUGUAAAUUCAAAACCAAAAGAAGGAAUGGAUGUUUCCGCAAGAACAGAGGGAUUAUGUCCUUCUGUUCCCUCAGAGGAUGCACAGCAGACCAUUUCCAGCCAGAGUGAGAUGAUUGAUAGUGAUAAAUCUCUGACUCCAGACACUAAAGAGUGUUCUUCUGCCCUGGAAUCUGAGAAGACUAGUGCUAAUUUAGUAGAUUGGACUAAAAGUGAUGUGCCUGUUAGUCCUUCAAGUUAUAGAGCACUUUGUGGUGUUGAAAAUUGUGUUCGGAAAGAUGUCAGCCUUCUUCCAGAUGGUGAUAAACUGCCACCACUUCUGCUUGCCAUGGGUGAAAAAGGAAAAGAUCCUCUAGUGGAAGAACAUCUGUCUCACCAGCAGGUCGCCUUGCUUCUUGAGAAAGGAGGUGCCAGUCCAUUAACUUUUAUCCUAAAUGCGAACUUGCUUGUGAAUGUCAGCUUAAUAUCUUAUUCUUCAGAAAAAUGCUGGUACUUCUCAACAAAUGGGCUACAUGGCUUGGGGCAGGCAGAAAUUGUCAUUCUGUUGCAGUGUUUGCCAGAUGAGAAGACUUUUCCUAAUGAAAUAUUCAAAUUAUUUAUUGAUGUCUAUAAGGAUGCAGUAAAAGGAAAGUCAAUAAGAAACAUGGAAAAUGUUACGUUCAGUGAAAGUUUUCUUGGUAACGAAGACCAUGGAGGCUUCCUGUUUGUUUCACCAACUUACCAGAAACUUGAUGAUUUAGUGCUACCAGAUAACCCUUUUCUUUGUGGCAUUCUAAUCCAUAAGCUGGAAAUACCCUGGGCAAAAGUUUUUCCAAUCCGUUUAAUGUUGAGACUGGGAGCAGAAUAUGGAGUAUAUCCAACUCCUGUAGUAAGUUUCAGACAUCGAAAGCCACUCUUUGGAGAAAUAGGACACACAAUUAUGAAUCUACUUGUUGACCUUCGAAACUAUCAAUAUACUUUGCAUACCAUAGACAACCUAUUUGUUCAUGUGGAAAUGGGUAGAAGCUGUAUUAAAAUACCUUUGAGGAAAUAUAAUCAAGUGAUGAAGGUGAUAAACUCCUCUAAUGACCAUGUAAUUAGCAUUGGAGCUAGUUUUAAUACUGAAGCAGAUUCUCACUUCGUGUGUGUGCAGAAUAAGCAAGGCCUCUAUCAUACACAAGCAAACAGUACUAAUGAACGUCCUAGGAAAGUUACAGGUGCAAGUUUUGUGGUAUUUAAUGGAGCCUUAAAGGCGUCUUCAGGAUUUCUAGCUAAAUCCAGUAUAGUUGAAGAUGGAUUAAUGGUCCAAAUAACACCAGAGACAAUGGAAAGCCUACGUCAAGCACUAAGAGACAAGAAGGACUUCAAAAUAACUUGUGGCAAAGCAGAUGGAGAAGGACUAAAAGAAUACGUAGAUAUUUGCUGGGUGGAAGGUGAAGAAAAAACAAACAAAGGAAUUUUAAGCCCAGUAGAUGGAAAAUCAAUGGAAGGAACUUGGAGUGAAAAAAUACCACACGCCAGAGAAUUUGAAAGAAAAGGAAAAGUUUUGAAGUGUACCGAGGUGUAUUAUUUCCUAAAGGACCAUGAACUACCCAGUCCUGUUCAUCUCCAGUUUGCUAAAGAUAUUGCUGCUGCCUGCAGCACUGCUCUUUGCCCACACCUUAAAACCUUGAAGAAGAAUGGGAUGAAUAAGAUAGGCCUGAGAGUUUCGGUCGACUCAGAUAUGGUUGAGUACUUGGCAGGAUCUGGGGGUCACCUUUUUCCACAGAAGUACCUGAAUGAAUUGGACAAAGCUCUGAUUCCUGUGAUCCAUGGUGGGAUGUCAGAUCCCGCAAGCUUGCCGCUGAAAAUGGAAUUAAUAUUUUUCCUUAUGGAACAUUUGUUUUGAGACCAGUUUCUGGCAAGAUGCUGGUUCAACUAGCUCUGAACACCAAAGCUUAGUGUAUCAAACACUAAAGAUCAGAUUUGCUAAAACUGUUCUGAUUUUAAUGGAUUUUCAAACUGAAUUGAAACAAAACAAGAACCCGAUUUCCAUUUGCUCCUUUACCCCAGAAACAAGUGUAGUUUGUAAUGUUCUCUAACGUUCAGAAACUUUACACUUAAUACAGUUGCAGAAGAAGGCAGUUGCUUACCUCUGUACACUACUGUAGUGUUUACAUUGUGUAGUGUAACUUCCAGCCAUGCUAUCUUGCCUCCUAAGUACUCAGAUAAGUAUUAAAGACAUUGAUGCAGUCAGAUCUAAUCUCAGCCUGAAGCAUGUGCUUUCCAUGUGCAAAGAACUUUCUCGCUGUUUGAGGUUCUAACAUGAGGUCUUAGGUAGCCAACUGCAUGCUUCAUGCAUCAGUAUAAACACAGGUGGAUGCCUCUUGACACUUGUUUUGAUCAGCACAAGGAAUCAUAGAAUGAUUUAGGGUGGAAGGGGCCUUAAAUAUCACCUAGUUCCAAUCCCCAUGCUGUGGGCAGGCUGCCUCCCACUAAAUGAGGCUGCCCAGGACCCCACCCAACCUGGCCUUAAGCAUCUUGAGGGAUGGGGCACCACAGCUUCUCUGGGCAGCUGUGCCAGGGUCUGAGCACCCUCUAAGUAAACAAUUUCUUCUUAACAUCUAACCUAAAUCUCUUUUAGUUUAGCGCUUCCACCUUGUCCCAUCGCUAUCAGACUGUGUGAAUGUUAAGCUCCUUUUAAGUACUGGAAGGAUGCCAUGAGACCUCCCCAGAGCCUUCUCUGGAAAUACUGCAUCCAGGCUUGGGGCCCCCUACACAAAAAGAUGUAGAGCUGUUGGAGCUGGGUCCAGUGGAAGGCCACAGAUGUGAUCAGAGGGCGGGCUGGAGCACUUCUCUUAUGAAGAAGCAGUGAGAUAACUUGCUUUCUCCAAACCUCAUUCGAUUUCUGUGGGCCUGCUUCUCAAGCCUGUCCAGGUCCAUCAGGAUGGCAUCCCUUCCUUCUGUUCCAUCAGCUGUACUGCUCAAUUUGCUGAGGGUGCACUCAAUGCAACCGUCUUUCUUAUUGAUGAAGAGGCCGAGGAGCACCAGUCCCAAGGCAGACCCCUGAGGGGAUGCUGCUCAUUACCUGCCUCUGCUUGGAUGUAGAUUCAUUGACCACAUCUUCCUGGCCAUCAUAUAUUCCACCCUUCAAAACCCAUAUCAGUCCAGAGAGAAGGAUGUGGCGGGGGACAAUAUCAGAAGCCUCGCAGAAAUCCAGGCAGAUGACACUGGUUGCCCUUCCUUGUUCCACAGAUGUAGUCACUGUAUCACAGAAUGCCGACAGAUUGGUUAGGCAGAAUCUGCUCUAAAAGAUGCUGUGCUGGCUGCCUCAGAUUACCUGCUUGUUUUGCACGUGCCUUAACACUUGUUCCAGGAAGAUCUGCUUCUUGGUCUUUCCAGGUGCAGACCCACCUGGCCUGCAGUGCCCCAGGUCAUCUUGCACUGCUCUUACAGUGGAUUUUGCUCACCCAGCCUCAACCUAGAUGUUCAGGGACAUAACAGACAUGGAAAGCCUGACUGGCAGUGGAGUUGGAGUCAGCCUUCUCCGUGUUUCUUGAAUUUAGUUCUCCCACCUAAACUGUCAGAGGGAACACUCUCCUUCGCCGCUGUCUCCCGAGCAAUGCACUCUAAAAUCUCUUGUUAUUUUUCACGUCCCUUGGCAGGUUAAGUUCCACCUGUGCCUUGGCUUUUCUGAUGACAUCUCAGCAGGACAGCUGGCCCUGUUACCUUACUGGAGGAGCCCUCCCAGAUUCCUUUGGGAAAAAUCUGAGGUUUUCCUCUGCUGCUUCCUAAAGUGGCAGCAUUCCCUGGUUCUUCUCUGUCACUCAGCAGUACGUCCCCUUCCCUCACCAAACCUAUUUUAAAUAAAGAAAGACUGCGGUUAAGUUUACAACAGCGUUGUAGGUGAAGUCCUGGUGCUUCAGGACCGUAUGCUUCUGAAUUACUUUUUGUAGGAAAACUGAUUUAAUUCUUGAAUUUGUAAGGAUUUGUCUUACUGAAACAGAUGCUAUUUUUAUAAGUACUGAUCUUUCUUUCUUGUAUUGGGCGUUCAAAAGUCCUGAUGCAAUCUGACCUUUCAAGGAUUAAUAAAAAGCCAGAUUACCCUUGAAGUGAUCUACACGCGGCAAUAAAACAGGCACUCUGCACUCUC